ACACGCUAAACGAUCGGAACCUACACGCAUUGCGUUGAUGGCCUAACCGUGAUAAGCAAACGGAAGCCUUUUCUAAGGCCCACAGUGUGAACAAAGUGGAUACAAUGGUACCGGAGAAUGUGUCCCGACCCUCGCCCCGUUAGCCCGAGGGCAGGGAAAAUCGCCGGUGCGGAUAUGUACGGGAUACCAGUAUAUAUAUACCAGCUGCGUACGGUGGGUGAUAAUGCCAUGUGUGUGUGUGAUCUAUACGGAUAGUGUAUGUGUGUGAUACGAGGAUAGUCAUGGAAUCCACGAGUCCUGGUGGUGGUGGUGGUGGCCCAGAGCUGGGCACACUGCUGAUAUUGGAGCCCAAGUCUUUGAGGGAAUUUACCACAAACACCGAAUAUCUGUUCGCUAUGAAGGAGGAUCUGGCGGAAUGGUUUUCUGCCCUGUACCAGAAAGAGAUCACGGCUCAGAACUUUCUGAACGUCCUGGAGACGGGUGUCAUUCUGUGUCAACACGCCAACGAGGUGCAGACGUUCGCCAAACAAAGGAGGGAGCGAGGGGUGAGUCUGGAGAUGAGGUCCUACUUCGUGAGCUCUAUCCCCGAGGGGCAGGUCCAAGUGAGAGAGAACGUGAAGCCGGGGACGUUCCAGGCGCGGGACAACGUCUCCAACUUCAUCACCUGGUGUAUCCAGCUGGGCAUCCCCGACGUGCUGAGGUUCGAGACGGAUGACUUGGUGUUGAGGAAGAACGAGAAGAGCGUCAUUCUGUGUCUGCUGGAGAUGGCCAGGGUCGGUGCCAAACUCGGCAUGUCGGCGCCCACCAUCGUCCAGAUGGAGGAGGAGAUAGAUGCGGAACUGGCUACUGGGGAACCCCCUCCACAGAUCAAGACCUGCAACAUGAAGUCUCUGGACGAAGUGGUUCGAGAACUGGUUGGAAGAUGUACGUGCCCGAUUCAGUUUCCCAUGUUCAAGGUCGGGGAAGGAAAGUACCAGAUUGGAGAUUCCAAAACGCUUAUAUUUGUCAGGAUUCUGAGAAAUCACGUGAUGGUGCGUGUCGGUGGAGGCUGGGAUACACUGGAGCAUUAUCUCGACAAGCACGACCCAUGUCGGUGUAACUUUACAGGCCACAGACAUUCCUCGAGUAGUCAGCGAGUUAUCAGACGUCCCCCUAUUGCCAACGCCAACAACGUCAGACCAACGACGCCGACGGGCAGGGCUGCCACUCCCACAGCGGGGACGUCCUCCAACAAUCCGGGACUCUCGAGUCCAAGGAAAAUGUCGUCUGCUGUUGCAUCCCACGGGUCUUCCAGUCCAGCCAUGCGUAGUAAAUCCCCGGGUCCCGUGUCCAGACGACUUCCUACCCCUCAGCCGAGAUCUCAGACGCCUCAGCAGGAAUGUGCAAACACUAGUCAUUGGAGGAGUCGGUCGCCAGCGCCCUCUAGCAUACGCAGUCAGUCCCCUGGACUCCAGCCCAAGAGAAUCUUACCCAGACCCGCAGAUGUCGACGGAUCCCGGAUGUCACACAGAGCUGCUUCGCCAAGUCCGAAAAAACGAACGUUAACACCUGCAAGAUCGCUGGGCAGUGGUCUCGACAAGACGGGCUCCCACGACUCCAGGAAGUUCUCGCUGACGAUGGAGGCGAACGGCAGAGGUGUUGACGUCGACGAGGUCGAUCCGGGCACCGCUUCACAUAUCAACAUGGAGAAGAUCAGCACAAUGACGCUGGAUGAGUUUAAGAACCUUCUGAACAAUUCCCUGUCUGUCCCAUCCAGCAACACCGGAGGGAACUGUGCAGCCUCGCUUAGCUCCGAGUCCCCGCGGUCGCAGAGCAGUUCCGACAGCUGCAAACUCCAAUCUCACAGACGAAGCUCAGUGUGUGAUUCACGUGAUAAGACUAAGUUGUCUGUGUGUAAAUCGUUUCAGACAAAUUUAAACUCGCACAGGAAACAUAGUUUAGACGAUUCUGGUUACCUGUCUCAAAACUGCAAUAGGUCCAGGAACGAUGUUCCUGAUUCCCCUGAUAGUUUCCAAUCAAAACCUCAAUCGGUUGUGUUAAGGUCGCGAACUCCGACCUCUACCUCAAGGACUAACAUAAUAUCGAGACCUCGAGCACCAGUCACUAACCCGAGGUCGAAGACGCCGACAAACUCGCAAAGACCACAGACUCCAACAGAAGGGCAAGACGAAUCUCGGAAUUAUUCCACAGACACGUCGUCUCAGUCUUCCGAAAGACCGGAGAGACCUUCUACUCCUAGCAUGAUUCCACGUUUCUCUGUUCCCCGUCCGACCACCCCUAGCACAACCAGCACAUCUAGUAACCCCAUAACAUCUGUUUCCAAUCCACAGCAGUCUGAACGUCCACCAACUCCUAGUCGACGACAGAUCGCCAUACAGAGACCGACUACGCCAGUGAAAGUCUCGACGUACACGUCCAUCUACAUUGCUCGUAAGUCUAGCACUCCUGGGCCUGAACCAGUCACCCCGAGGUCGGUGAUACCGGGCACUGUGCACAGACGAUCAGUGACUCCAGGACCGAGGGAAGCUUGGAAAGGUUCGUCUCAGACUAACAAUUCUGACAAAGUGGUGGGUGAAAGAGGAAGGUCGUUAUCGCGUAGUGUGGACUUUUCUUCUCAGGUCAGGAAAGCCAAAAGUGUGACAGACGUCAGAACUAGUCUGAGUCUGACGGCGAGGGAGAUAUCAAUUUCCGAUGACGAGGACGAACACGUUAACAAAGAAAACAAAAACCAGAGUGGAAAUGAAAUGAAAAGGGUGAAUCUUCAAAACCGGACUUCGUCGUGUGACACCAAGAGGUAUCUACCUCGGCAAACGGCAUUUGAUCAAACAACUUCGUUUGUGAUUUCUAGAAAUACAUCUGGUUCUCAUUGUGUGACGCUGAAGGAGAACGGAGAAACCAAAUAUGACUCUACACAGAGCAAUAAUCCUGAUGUUAAUGCUAAUACCGAGAGGUCCAGGCCGCGGUCCAAGACGCCCGACCCAUCUAUGAUGAGGCAGAGACCUCGCAGUGUGGAACCCCGAGGUUUAAUACAGAGGAAAGAAAACAACGGGAGGCCAGCACUUGUGAUAUCAAGGACAAAUUCCGGACAGCAUGUCCAUAGUCGUACUGAGGCCUGGGUGAACUCGACGGUGGAAAACAAGAGGAAACUGCCAAGGCCUAAACGAUCAAUGACUCCAAAUUCGUUAGACGUUUCUGAGUUAAAGCUGGAGCCUCGACCGCUGGAGGAAAUUAAAGCAGCGCUGCAGCUUCCAAUCAACGGAUUCACGGUGGACCCCGUCGCUCUCGAAGCUCCACCCGAAGACCCCAAGGCUUUCAUGGAAAUGGAAAAACUGUUUAAGAAGUACAAGGAGAUGGAACUGCGUGCGUCUCUGAACGAAACGCCCGGUGGGGGCGCACUUCACUCAGACGGCGUGGUUAAGGCCUCGCCUGGAAUAUUAAAGAAGAACUCCUCUUUGGAUACACGAUCUCCGUCGUCUCGAUCCUUGAACUCUGUGUCGUUCAGCACGCCGUCUCUGUCGUCUGCUACCACCAGCUCCACCAGCUCCAAAGCUCCCUCAGACGUAGCCAAUGGCAACGGUUAUUCCGCUGAUUGCAAGAACACACCCGAGGAGCAGACACAGCCAGCACGUUUGUCCAAAUCUUUCAGUGUACCGAACUCGCCUUCCACUGAUACUUCCAAUAUCGUGACGUCGACUCCACUGAAGGAAAAGGGAGUUGCGUCAUCAGUGGAAGAAGUACCAAUGAACGACGUAGAACACGACAGUGCGAUGGCCCUCGUGUCAAAAAUUAAGGAAAUUUUAAAAGUGCGACCAAGAAAGGAUCAGUCGGAGGGUCCAAGAACACGCAUUCCUGCACCAAAGUUGACCAAAGAUAGAAAAUCAAAAUCGUUUUCCAGUCUGUGUAGUUUGAGUUCGCCAUCAAACGAGAAUGUUUCCUUUACGAUGGACGGUCAAGAUGUCUGUGAUGAUUCGGCGGAACUGUCUCAGUUUGAGAGGAGUGAUUCAUAUCAGGACAGCGACAGGUGUCAGACCCCGGUCCCGCGAAUGGCCACUCCCCUGACAACAGGCAGAAGUACUUUUAUCAACACGCCCAAUAACAAUAACAAACCCGACAGUGGGAAGAAACUCGUUAGAGCUUUUUCUAACGAUCCCAAUCUGUCCAAUUCCCUGUCUUCGAUUACAAGCAGUUUGUCCAUCUCAACGACAGAAAAUGAACCAGAAUUUGUUUGAUAGAAUAGUACUUCAUUUGCUUUCACUUGAUAUCGUGUUUAUGAAACCUGUCGAAUUUGAUCACGGGUCUCAAUAUCGUUAACCAUUAACUGAAAGAAAGAUCAGUACCAUGUACUUCUGUUUAUGAUGUACGAGUACUCUUUUGUUAUGAAUUUAGUCUGAAAUAUAAUGUUAACCAAGUAAAUGAUGAUCAAUAUUUUGGCGACAGAAUCGAUAUUAUUUCUCUUGGUGACUUAUUUUGACCAUUUACUUGAUUGCUUUCGGAAAUAUUCUUAUAGACUGAUUGUUUCGGAAAUUGUCAUUUAGUAAUUAUUUAAAGCAAAUGUUAACCGAGUAUGGAUUUGUUUUAUGUCUGAAAUAAUGAAAUGCAAGUAAAACGUUUGUUUUCUUUAAAACGACACCACUUUAGCACAUUGGUUUAUUAAUCAUCGGCAAGUGGAUGUCAAAAUUAAGUAAAGCAACAACGUACCAAUUGUUUGAAUGCUGCCAUGGAAUUCCAGUCCACCAGACUCAUCUGGCUUUUGGGGACAUCACUGUUACAACAUGCUGUUAUUUUGAUUAUUUCAUAUGUAGAGUCCACACUGAAUCCCAUAUGAUGUUGAACAUGUUCACAAUUCCACAUGCAGACAUGUCUUGUUUAAAGUUACUGACCUUAGUUAAUUCACAGUUGAGGUUACUAAGGUGUCGGGAUCUAGUCCAGUCGGCACAGUGGUCGUUUGGGCUGCUUUAGUCGUAGCAUCGAACCCUCUUAAAGUACCUAUUAUCUUUUUUUUUCUUUUUUUUUUUACUCUCUGGUCCACACCAGUGUCCCACGACUGGUAUAUUACAGGUCGUUGUAUAUGUUGUCCUUCUGUAACACUUCUAGAUGAUGGUAGCCCCACUCCCAUGGCUAGUUAUAUUCAAUGUUGGGCUAGUACAUAACUGCUAUCGCCAUGCCCGAUGGCUGGUGAAAAAAGUUGUCAAAUCCUACAUUUAAGUCUAUUUUGUAAAUAUGAAUAGCCUGCACACCCCACACCCAAUCUAAGUGUUUUAAAGCUCUGUAUCCUUCUUUAGGUGACAUAUCUGAUCAUUCCUAUUUGUAAAAUUGUAUUUACUUAAAGUAGGGCUAGUGAAUUUUUAAUCGUGGCUAAUAAAUUAUUAAAAUCACUGAUCCCAUGGCUAGUGGAUUUAAAAAAUUUUUCUAGAAGAUCUGCCUUCUGUGGGAAAUGCAUAUAAAAAGAUUUCUUGCUGAUAAUCGAAUCAUACAGUGGGUUUCCUCUAAGAUAAUAAUAUCUUAUGUCAAAAUUAUCAAAUGUUUGAUGCCCGAUAGCCGAUGAUUAAUAAACCAAUGUGUUCUAGUGUUGUUGUUAAAGAAAACAAACUUUUGAAGCUACUUCAGACACCAGGACGAUCAGAGCAUUUGGGAGAUACCUAACUUUAUCAAUAUGCAAUUUAACGGUGAAAAAGAUUGUAAUUAUAAAAAUAUUUUACACUUCCUACUUUAUUACUAGGGUCAGUGACUUUAAUUAAGUCAAGUAGUCAGUUACCAGCUGUGAUCGAAUCAAUUCACUAAUGAAGAUUUGUCUUUUGGAAACAGUGAUGUCUCGAUGGGUUCAGGAAGUAAAUACUAUGGUCCCUUAGAUUUGCAAUGUGCUAUGUUUGUUGUGUUUGACUGCGUGACUAAUAAUUAUUACCAUUUAGAAAACAGUUAUACCAUUUUCAUACAAGCAAUAAUUGAGUAUUUGUGUUAUUAGCAAAUGCAUGUGUAUCUGUUAUGCAUUUAUAACUGUUAUAUCAUGGCAAUCAUUUAGAUAUCUAUAACCUAUUUAUUAAUGUAAUUGAAACUGUUGUUUUUCGGUUUCAAAACAUGUUCAUAAGUAAUUAUAAUGUGUACGUAUUUUAGCUUGUUUUAAGGACAACACACUUUUAAAAGCGUUCUUUCAUAGGCUUUAAAAAAAAUAAUCAUAUGUUCCUUCUUGCUGAUGUAAAGUACUUUGUUCAACGAUUCAAAAACUGUACAGCUGUAAUGUUGAAACAUUCCAAAAGAAACAUUCCGUUUACAUUAAAUUAAUGUAUUUAUCGCAUAAAUAUUAAUUUGUAUUAACAUAAUAUUAGCCAUAAAUAGUAAGAAUUAAUGUGCAAUAGUCGCGAGUUAGUUAUUAAAUGAGUUAUUAAUUGCUACAUUUUAGCUACCAUAUUAUUGCGAAUUUUAAAACCUGAUAUUACUUCUUAAUCAUAAUUUAUGGAUAAUUCACUUGGCAUAAAUACAUCAUUAAAGUUUUUAACGAACAGCAUUUUUGUUAAAGUAUGGAGUGUGUGAAAUAUGUUUUGGUAUCUGAGCACUGCGUAAAUAUUUUUGCUAUGGGCCUAAACUAGUAUUAUUUAUUAUUUUCAUCAAAACGUGAAAUAUUCGAGUUUGUAGUAAAAUAGCAGGGGAGGCAAGUGACAGAAAGUCGAAUAUCAUACAUAUUUGUCUCCCCUGAAGAUAUAUUCAUUGCAAACGUUGAUUAUGAUCAGUAUCUGAUCGUUAGAUGAGGAAACUUGAGAAAUCUUCUCUUUUUUGGCCAGGGUUAGGUUUGCUUUAAUUUGAGCUUUUUGUCUAGGCAGGUUGGUUUUGUCAAAUAAAGACCAAACAAAGCCCCAAUGAAUAUGGUUUUAAAAACUUGCAGUGAAAUGACAUAUGGUUAAGAACAAACCAAUGUAUUAAAUGGCAAACAAUAUAUUUUUAAGUUUGGCCUUACACUUUAGUUUCAUUUAAUUUAUUUCCAACAAAACGUGUUAUUUUCAUUGCUUUAUUAUUAUUAAUAUUAUUAUUAUUAUUAUUAUUAUUAUUAUUAUUAUGCCUUUCAGCUAAAAGUGUAUUUUAUUUUAUUUAUUUAUUUACUUUUAUUUUUUGUGUGAUUCGAAUGCUUUGCAGAAUCAUUUAUGAUAUCUUGUAUUUGGCGUCUAGUUUUUCUCACUUGCUACUCCCAAAUUCAGUGAUCUUAAUUAAUGUGAUACUCAUACCACAUCGACACUCCCAAAAAAUCACCACGACCUUGCGUUAGUGCCUUUUAACAGCGAUUUUGGCAUGAAUGAAUGUGUUCUGGCAUGUGGAUUAUGCUAAGCUGGUACAGCUUAACACGUUCAUAGGCUAUAUCUUCUUUUUUAAUAAGUUAAAUUCAAUUGUAAAUGGUCAAUGACAGGUUUCGGUCUUGAUGAGAAAUGAGUGUCUUCCUGCGCUAAGAACUCGACUAGAUUAGAUUUCGGUAGCCAAAAUACUUUGUAUGUUGUGUUUAUUGAAAUUAUCAAUGAGUUUCUAGGCCUAAUUUAACAGUAUUAGCGAAUUAGUUUUAUCAUGAAAAGAUUGGGAUUUUGGGGGUUUUUUUUAUUGGGGUGGGGGAAGACAUAUUUUUAAAUAUCUGACUUGCAUGUUCGAUGAUUUGUUUAGACUAAAUAAAAAAACUACUAGUAAUCAAAUGCCAAAUUAUUUACAUCAUUCUGUAGAUUCGCAUGAUCGACAUCAGAAGUGGGAUGCAAUGUGUAUCUGUAGAUGGACUUUAAAACGCGAUUUUUUAACAUCUGGAGAACAAAAUACCAAUGUUUUAGAUGACAGUUUCAGUUGUUUUAAAGGUUUUUUUUUUUAAUGUAUACACAUAUAGCAUGUAAAAUGUAAACUCAAGUAGAGGUACUGAUCUAGUUUGGUGCUGGCUGGACAAAAGAGCAUACCACCUCCAUUCGUCGUGUGUGCCUUUCUAAAACAGCCCUCGAAGGCCAUGUAGACAAAACUUUGCGUGAUCCUGUACACAACGUAUUAUUAUCACUUUCAUCUCUUGUUAAUAUAUUUCCCCUGUUCUUACCCUUUGGAAUAUCGCGAUCACCUGCUAGUUACACAUGUGUAUAUAUGUUUAAUAUUGGUUUUCUCGUUUCGAUUCGUUUCGGAUUUUCGUUUGUGUAUAGAUUUUAAGGAUGUCUGUCUGGUUGUGUUCGUCGUGUACAGACCUAUCAUUCCAGUGUUCAUACGCUAUCUGUGAUCAUAAAUAUAUUUAUGUAUAAGCAGCAUAUACAGUAUUUAUUAAUUUCCAAAUGUUGCGUGAGUAUUUUCAUGAAUAAUAAAUGGAUAUAUUUGGAAAACGA